GCGACCACGGAAGGAAGCAGACCAAGAGCAGGAAGCGGAGGCCAGCCUCGCAGCAGCGACACACCAACCGACCGAUCAACCGACCGACCGACCAGAGGAGGAGUGCCCAGAGCACGGCGAGUGACCUACAGCACCCAGGAAGCCAGGUGAGUGGCCCGCGCAUCUCUGAGGACGUGGACGGUGUGGGCAUCGGCAUGGGCGCGACCGAGUGGGCGUGCGGGGCCGUGCGGCAGCUCCAGCAGCGCCUGGGCUCCAGCACGGACGCGGACGAGCUCCGCCGCUCCUUGAGGCUGCUCUCCCGCCUGCCCAUGACGCCGGAGAUCCUGGCGGCCACGGGUGUCAGGGGGACGCUGGAGGCCUUGAGCAAGCACCAGCAGGUGGGCAGUGUGGCCAAGGAGCUGGCCGAGCGCUGGGAGAUCUUGGCUGUGCCGAGCCACCCGUCAGAGGCUCGUAGCCAGGUCGCGGAGCAGGCUGUGGUUCCCGAGCCCACGGAGGAGGAUCCGGGGCAGGGGGAGAGGAACGGGGCGCAGGAGCGCGAGAUGUGGAAGGCAUCCACCGCGGAUCAGUGCUGUCCCAGCGGGGCGAGGGAACUGCAGGCGGGAAGCCAGGUGAGCGGCCCGGGCCUGUGUGCAGACCUGGACCUGGGUGGCGUCGGGACGCAGACGGCGGACUGGGUGUGGGGGGCCGGGGAGCAGCUCCAGGAGCGCCUGGCCUCCAGCGCCGAAGGGGACGCACUGCGCAAGAUCCUGAGGCUGCUGUCCGUCCUGCCCAUCACGGCGGAGAUCCUGGCCGCCACGGGACUCAGAAGGACAGAGAUGGCGAAGCGCUGGAAGACCUUGGCUCUCCUGGGUGGAAACCCAGCGCUCGAGGCAGAGCUGAUGGGCCGGGGCCCGGAGCGGGAUGGGGCCCCAGCGCCCACCCAGGAAGUUCUGGAAUCACGGGAACGGAAGCAGAAGCGGAAGAGGUGGAGCUUGGCAGGGCUCGUGCCAGCCCUCCUGGGGCAGGACCCCGAGCGGGAUGGCGCUCGGGAGCCCAGGCAGGAUGGCCCCAUGCAGUCGGAGUGGGCUGAGUGGGAAGAGCUGAUGAAGGAGGCAGGUGUGGUUCUGGAAUCCCCGGAGAGGGUCCCGACGAGUAGCGAGGUCAAGGGAGACCAGGCAGGCAAGCUGGUUCUUGUUCAAGCUCCUGAUCCCGCCCGAGAGGAGCCAACGGUGCCGCCCGAGGGCGACCCUCCGGAUUUCCCCGGGGGGCCAGUCGAGUCAGCUCAGCACCCCAGUCCCGGGAACGGUCACAGCAGGACCGUGGCACCCGGCGGCACAGACAGGCUGUGGCAAGUCCGCUGCAGAAAGGAGUUUAAGGAGGCCACCCCGGCCCCGGGCGAGUCCUGGCAGGAGCUUUUCGUGCGGCUGCGCCAGGAGCGGGAGCAGCGUCUGCAGGCCGUGAGCGCCAGGAUCCGGGCUGCCCAGGCCCAGGAGAGCAGGGGCCGCCGGACACAGAUGCUCCUGCACCCGCUUCCCCAGAAGCGCCCUCGCCGCG